GCGAGGAGGUUGUCACUUUCAAAACACACUUCAAUGCUAUGCUGCUGCUUCUCCGUCAGCAGAUAGAGGUGAUCAACAACACUGUUGACAAUAUUGAAAUGAGGCACCGCAGGAAAUAUUUGCUGUUUGGUGGAGUUGCAGAGGCCGCCAAUGAAAACAUCUCCGAGGUGAUUGUGACGGUUUGUCAGCAAGACAUGUCAUUGCCUGAGGUGACCAGUAAUUCCAUUUUAGUGUGUCACAGAAUUGGUGGUAAAGCUGGCCGACCUCGCCCCGUCCUUGUCAGAUUCUCUGACUAUGCUGUUAAAAAUGCAGUGUGGGCCAAAAAAACUGCUCUUAAAGGCACAUCUGUAGUGCUGUCGGAGUUCCUGACCAGGCAGAGACAGUCAUUGUUCCUUGCAGCCCGCAGGCAUUUUGGAGUGCGCAGUGUCUGGAGUCUUGAUGGUAACAUCUAUAUAAAAGUAUCCAGCGGCAAGAAGGAGCGAGUGACGACAUCUGAUCAGCUUCAAGCCCUGAUCGCCCAGCAUCCCUCUGAGCAGUCGUCCGGUGAUGGCUCUGCACCUGCGCCCGCGCCGGCCGCCCUGCCGGCACCAGCACCGUCUGCAGCCGGCGAGCCUGCUUCAAGUCCUGCUCUGAAACCAGCCUCCCAGGCGUCAAUGAAGGUUCCAGUCCCGAAGCAGACCCAUGAACGUCGUGCGAAACGCGCGCCGCAGUGAUACUCCUUCGUUUAAUGCUUUGUUGCUUUUUACUUGUAAUCGAGUAGUAAACAACAUAGGUAUCGUUUGUCACGGUAGGUUGUUAAAUCGGCAGCUUCACUUUUAGUAAUAAUCAUCUACCUCUCUUUUAGUUACUUAAGUAAUGUUUUGAUUAACUUUUCAUAUUAUACCCUGUAUUUUGUACGAAUCGAAUGUUCGAUAUAAAACUAUCAAGUCAAUACUGUCACUAGUGUCACUGUCAUUAGUGUCAUCUGUCAGAUUUGUUUGUUCGGAUACCUGCAUAACUAUGUUCUUUUUUUCUUCUUUGUUCGUUUUUACUUUUAAAUUUUAUUCUUUGGUACCUUUGAAAUGAGCUUAUCUCUGUUUUUUGCGAUGAAUGUGUAACAAUCUGUUUUAUAAUUAUGUUUUUAUUGAGUAGUACCUAUCACCUGUAAGAAAACGGUCAACCGGCGGGUUCUAACAGUGCCCUCCGGCUAUCACAUAGUUUGAAAUUAGCUUAUUUAAUUUUGUUGUUAUUUAUAUAUACGUAAAUUAUUAUUUAUAAUAUUAUAUUAAUAUUUUAUAUGUAUUUAAUCUACAUACCUGCACUAGUAUAAUAUGAUAGAUGAUGCAUCAUUUUACUCAGCUUGCGACUUGUCCUCGUCUUUCCACUCUCUCGAUGACUCGACGUUGUCCGAGCCGGAAACGCUCGGUGAUCUUAUCACUCGUGAAUUCCAGAACUCUCACAAAUUUCUUAACAUUUGCCAUUUAAAUGCUCAAAGCAUUCCCAGCCACCAUAGCGAUCUCCUUGACACCUUCUCCACUGGCUGCGCUCAUGCAAUACUGGUAUCAGAAACUUGGCUAAAACCAAAUCUUCCAUCAACUUCGUAUGGGCUCCCUGGAUACAUUCUUCUGCGCAACGACCGUACGGGCAAAGGCGGUGGCGGUGUUGCCAUGUACCUGCGCAGCGACAUACCCUUCAAUAUUCUUUCAUCGUCUCCUACUCAAUUUUCUAACUCCAUGGAGCACUUGGUCGUCGAAGUAAAUAUUAAGGGAGCAAAGGUCGUUCUAGGGGUAAUUUAUUGUCCACCUACAGUAGAUUAUUUCUUAUCAUUAGAAGUACUGCUCACAUCUUUCAUAACAGAAGGCACACACCACGUGAUCAUGGGCGACUUUAAUACCGAUCUCUUGAAAAAUAAUACCCGGUCUCGCAAGUUAUUGUCCCUAAUUGAAUCUGCGGCCCUUAAUGUGCUGCCUUUAAACGCCACACAUUAUAAUACAGACACAUCGGACUCUUGGCUAGAUCUCAUCUUGACCUCAUCGAAUGACCAUGUGGGCAAAGUAGGCCAAUUUGCGGCGCCUGGGUUCUCACGGCACGAUCUUAUUUACCUGUGUUACAAAGUUCGACCUCCUAAGUUGGUACCAGUCUCAAUUAAACUACGUAGUUUCGCGAGGCUCGAUGCUGAUGCACUACAACGUGACGCCGGUGACAUCGACUGGACACCGACACUUACAGCACCAACGGUUGAUGACGCGGUAGAUGCACUAAAUGCGGCAGUUUUAAAAUUAUUUGACACUCACGCGCCCGUUCGUAACGUCAAACUGAAGCGGCCGCCCGCUUCGUGGAUUACUCGAUCGGUCCGUAUUGCAAUGACGACACGCGAUCGAGCAUUCGUUAAGUUUAAAAAUCAUCGGUGUGAUGAAAAUUGGACCGCUUACAAAUCUGCUCGGAAUCGUUGCAACAUGAUGGUACGAUCUGCGAAACGGAAGUAUAUUCACAACAAUGUCAAUGUUUCUUCUUCUGCCGACACUUGGAAGUUUUUAAAAUCAAUUGGUGUGGGUAGCUCCCGUUCUAAUUCGAACACCUUACCAUUUUCUUUAAAUGAUUUUAAUGCUCAUUUUUCUAAAACUUCUAGCCUAGAUCCGACUUCAAAAUCUUUUAGCUUAGCACAUAUCAAUAAUUUGCCAUCACUAUCUGAAACCAAAUUUUCUUUCACUCCGGCUACUGACGACGAGAUACGUAAGGUGAUUAUUUCGGUGAAGUCGAAUGCGAUCGGACAUGAUGAGAUAAGUAGGGCCAUGAUAGUACACAUUUUAGAUAGUAUUGUUCCAAUUAUCACUCACAUUGUAAAUUUCUCUAUGUUUUCGGGUGUCUUUCCGUCGGCAUGGCGCAAGGCCUUUGUUAUCCCCCUCCCAAAAACGUCUACUCCUACUCUUCUUAAGGAAUUCCGUCCUAUUUCCAUACUUCCGUUCCUUUCGAAGGUCCUCGAGGCUGUGGUACAUAAACAGUUAUCCGCCCAUAUUUUUUCCAAACAUCUCCUCUCACCGUUACAGUCAGGUUUUCGUCCCGGUCAUAGUACCACAACCGCGCUAUUAAAAGUAGUUGAAGAUGUUCGGUUUGGCAUGGAAUCUUCACUUGUUACUAUCAUGGUCCUAAUUGACUUUACGAACGCAUUUAACGCAGUAAAUCAUGAACUCCUCCUUGCUGCCCUUAGUCGCUUAAAUGUCUCGUUGUCAGUAGCGGAUUGGUUUGCAUCCUACCUGCAGGGGCGUAGCCAGGCUGUCCGAGCUGACCGGUCGCUCUCCGACUGGUGUGACCUUACUACGGGCGUCCCUCAGGGCGGUAUACUCUCUCCUCUUUUGUUUUCCGUUUUUAUUAACAUGAUUACUUCCAAACUUCAGUGUUCAUACCAUUUAUAUGCCGAUGACCUACAACUAUACACACAAACGCGGCUUGAUGAUGCCGACGAGGCUAUCGCGAAAUUGAAUGAGGAUCUCAAUCGCAUCUCAUCUUGGUCUAAAGACUUCGGAAUAGCUGUGAAUCCUUCCAAGUGUCAGGCUAUCAUCAUCGGGAACCCGCGACUGGUCUUAAAUACCAAUUUUGAGCUCGUUGCACCGAUUCUCUACGAAGACAGUGUAAUUCCAUUCUCGACUAAGGCUAAAAAUCUGGGGUUGAUAUUUGACUGUGGCCUGACUUGGGAGCCCCAAGUGUCUGAUAUGUGUCGAAGAAUCACGUACACCUUGCGAUCACUGUAUAGGUUUAAGAAUUUUCUGCCUGUGUCAACUAAAAUUCUCCUUAUUCAAGCUCUCGUUUUACCCAUCUUUGACUACUGUGAUGUGUGCUGUACGAAUGUGUCGCAAGGUCUUCUGGACAAGCUGGACCGUGCUCUGAACAAUUGCAUUAGGUUCAUUUUCGGCCUGCGCAAGUACGACCAUGUGUCCGCCUUUCGCCGACAACUCAACUGGCUCCGCAUUCGUGAGCGCAGAAGUCUUAGGUCCUUAUGCACACUGUUCUCCAUUUUAUACGACCCAGCGGCACCCGAUUACUUGCGGUCUAAAUUCA